AUGGCUGACAAUUUCGUCACCGCCCAUGGAGGGGAUAAAAAGGUGGAGGCCAGGGUGAAUGAUAUAUUCGCCGUUAGGCAAUCUCCUGGCGAGGGACUCAGGAACUUCCUCGCCCGGUUUAACAGGGUGAGAAUGAGCUUACCAAAUGUAUCAAAAAAGAUGGCGGUGGAAGCUUUUCACAACGGGUUGAACAAGAACAGGUCGAGAGCAACGAGAAAGUUAUUAAGCAGGCUCAUGAAAUAUCCUCCCACCACUUGGGAAGAAAUCCACAAUGCCUACUGCGCCGAGGUAAGAGUCGAUGAGGAUGACCUUAACGGUCCGACCCAAUGGUUGACAUCAGUUCAAACUGAGUCGAGAAAAGAUCCCCGUAAUGAUGGUCGAAGAGAUCAGUCAGGCCCCCAUCUCAAUCGAGAAAGACAUCAACCCUACGUCAGAACAACCGUCCCACCGUCUCCUCGACACGCGGAAGGGUCGUCUAGGCCAUAUACAGGGACUCAACGAAACAAAAAAGGUAUGCAUCCACUCUUAUCUGCUCACAACUUUUGUGUUUCCCUUUCAGAAAUAGUGUACGCACUAGAAAAGCUUGGCACAAAGGUGAAAUGGCCACAAAAGAUGAAGUCCGACCCAAAUACCCGAAAGUCGAAUGUCCUUUGUGAAUUUCACCAGGAGUGGGGACACAAAACUGAGGACUGCAUAGCUCUAUGGCAAGAGGUAGUAAACAAGCUGAACCAAGGGCACCUGAGUGAACCGAUGAGCGACCGUGGACGGGCCAACUUCAGCUGCGGACGUGAACAAUACAAGGGGCCUCCAAAGCCACCCUCCCCCACCCACACUAUCCAAAUGAUCAUCAGCGGAGGCAAUGAAACAACGAUCAACCAUGUGAAGUUCACCACUACACACAAACUGAAGCAGUCGAUCACUCACGAACGGUACGACGACCUCAGAGACAGUAUCAUCAUCAAUAAGUCAGAUACCGACUGUUUGACAUUCCCUCAUUUCGAUAGUCUUGUUAUUACUUUACGUAUUUCAAAUUAUGGCGUGAAAGAAUAA